UUUCCGUGCACUUCCAAGCUUCCGUGAAGGAGGGUUCUUGGAAAAUGAGAAAUUGGGUUUGUAUUAUUUUCAGUGCAAAUAUUUCACCAAUUCUCCCUUUUGGACAGCCAAAGAGAAGGGUCUCUAAAUCGUCAACUUUCGCGACGCUCCCUCACUCUGAGCUCCAAGAAGUGAAGCGUGGAGGCCAAGGACUACGUUUCCCAGAAUGCAUUGAAUCUGACCCGGAAGCUUAAGCUCCGAGCUCUGAAAGACUUGCAGCGAGUGAAAAUUUGCAUAAUAUAUGCCUAAAAAUAUACAUUUAAAAAUAGACGUAAAGCAUACAUAGAUACACACGAAAUGUAUUUUUCUUGCUGUUAGCGAAUGUCUUCUUGCCUCGAUGGGAGUCAUUUUUCAGAAACAGCGGCUUCUUGAGGCCACAGAACAAUUUCCUGGACCUGGAGAGGCGUCAGAGGCGUGAUCCAGGUCAGACGGCGGAGGUCAGAGGGCCGAAUUGGCGGGAGAAUGGGUUCGUGGUCCACGAUCUGAGGCUGCGGUGGCUCUUCGAGACCCAGUACCCUUUCAUCUUUCCGAGACACAACUACUGUCACAAUUAGCUGGAUAUGCUUCCAGUCUAUGGGGGAAAAUUCUGUGUAUUCACAGUGAGUAACGUGAGGAUUCUUUCUCUUCUGGAAGCUGACAGAACCAAAACAUAGGCAGUGCCAAAGUGGUGACGGAAGAAAUCUUAGGAGAAAGUAUUUUUGCCUUGUACUUGGAAGAACUGCUGGGCCUACCAUGGCUCCUGUAAAGAUUAGCCACGUGGUAUCAUUUUCCUCUCAGGAUCCCAAGUAUCCUGUGGAGAACUUGCUGAACCCAGACAGUCCAAGGGGACCUUGGCUCAGCUGCCCUCAGGACAAGAGUGGGCAACUGAAAGUAGAACUCCAGCUGGAGAGGGUAGUGCCCAUUGGCUACAUUGAUGUGGGUAACUGUGGCUGUGCUUUCCUGCAAAUUGAUGUGGGCCGUUCUUCCUGGUCCCUGGACAGACCUUUUGUUACCCUGCUCCCUGCAACCAUGCUCAUGUCCUUAGCUGAUUCAAAGCAGGGGAAAAACCGCUCAGGUGUCCGCAUGUUUAAGGAUGGUGAUUUCCUGGCUCCAGCCUCAGGUGAGUCAUGGGAUCGACUUCGCCUGACCUGCUCCCAACCGUUCACACGUCAGCAGUCUUUUGGCCUGGCCUUCCUCCGGGUGUGUUCCUCCCUGGACUACUUAGAUGACCCUGUGAGGGCUCUCAGCCCCGAGAGCUCUAGGCUGAGCCAGGGUUCUGAUGCUCAGGAGUCUGGUCCCAGUCCCUGGCUGGCUAAUCCUUCCAUUCGGAGGACAUUCUUCCCAGAUCCUCAGACGAGCACCAAGGACAAUUCAGAGCUUAGGGAUAUCCUAAAGCACCUGCAGCCAGGGUCUUUGGGACGUUCAGCCCGCAUGGUGCUUUCAGCUGCCCGCAGGGUACCCUCUGCGAGUAUGGCAAACACAAAAACCAGCCACGUGGAACCAGGUCCCAGUCACCCAGCCAGCGCAGAGCUCAGACCAGAGGAGCAAAACUCCGUGAAUGAUGUGGGCAGGACAAAGAGACGGAAGGUGCAAACCCAUAGGCCUUUAUCCAGCUCGAACUCGAGGCCCAACCAGAGGAGGACAGCAAAGGCAGGUCAGAGAGAACACCACCGACCCCAGGCCCAAAGCAGUGAGGUCCAGGACAGUGCACAGUGCCCCGUUUGUGCAGGCUCCUUCAGCACCGAGGUUCUUCCCUGGCAUGCUGCCACGUGUGGAGAGACCUCCCUGCCUCUCCCAGCCUCGCCCUCCUCAUCACCAUCUUCAUCGCAGUCCGUGCUAUGGCAUCCCAUGACCUUAACCCCCAUUCCUCUGGUCUCCAGGGGGUCCCCCUCUCCAUCCUUCCUCCAGCCGCAGCCCACCUGGAUGGAGAUCCUGAACAAGAAGCUGAGAUUCCCACCUCCGCUGCUGGCUGCCAUCCAGGAGGGGCGCCUGGGCCUCGUGCAGCAGUUGCUGGAGUCAGGGGUCGAGGCAGCGGGCAGCGGGCCAGGAGGGCCCCUGAGGAACGUGGAGGAGGCCGAGGAUCGCUCCUGGAGGGAAGCUCUCAAUCUGGCCAUCCGGCUGGGCCAUGAGGCCAUCACUGACGUGCUGCUGGCCAAUGUCAAGUUUGACUUCCGGCAGAUUCACGAGGCCCUGCUGGUGGCCGUGGACACAAACCAGCCAGCAGCCGUGCGGCGCCUGCUGGCCCGGCUGGAACGAGAGAAGGGCCGCAAAGUGGACACGAGGUCUUCCUCGCUGGCUUUCUUUGACUCGUCCAUCGACGGCUCGCGCUUUGGCCCCGGGGUCACCCCACUGACCCUGGCCUGCCAGAAGGACUUGUACGAGAUCGCCCAGCUGCUCAUGGAGCAGGGCCACACCAUUGCCCGGCCGCACCCGGUCUCCUGCGCCUGCCUCGAGUGCAGCAACGCCCGCCGCUACGACCUGCUCAAGUUCUCCCUGUCCCGCAUCAACACGUACCGCGGCAUGGCCAGCAGGGCCCACCUCUCCCUGGCCAGCGAGGACGCCAUGCUGGCCGCCUUCCGGCUCAGCCGGGAGCUCAGGCGCCUCGCGCGCAAGGAACCGGAGUUCAAGCCCGAGUACAUUGCCCUGGAGUUGCUGAGCCAGGACUAUGGCUUUGAACUGCUGGGCAUGUGCCGAAACCAGAGCGAGGUCACUGCGGUGCUCAACGAUUGGGGCGAGGACGACGAGACUGAACCUGAGGCUGAUGGCCUGGGCCAGGCCUUUGAGGAAGGCAUCCCCAACCUGGCGAGGCUGCGACUGGCCGUCAACUACAACCAGAAGCGGUUUGUAGCACACCCCAUCUGCCAGCAAGUCCUGUCCUCCAUCUGGUGUGGGAACCUGGCUGGCUGGCGUGGAAGCACCACCAUCUGGAAGCUCUUCAUUGCUUUCCUCAUCUUCCUCACCAUGCCCUUCCUCUGCCUUGGCUACUGGCUGGCACCCAAGUCCCGGAUGGGCCGUCUGCUAAAGAUCCCAGUGCUGAAGUUCCUGCUGCACUCGGCCUCGUAUCUGUGGUUCCUUAUCUUCCUGCUGGGUGAAUCCCUGGCCAUGGAGUCACAACUGAGUACCUUCCACGGCCGCAGCCAGACCGUCUGGGAGACCUCCCUACACAUGGUUUGGGUCACAGGUUUCCUGUGGUUUGAGUGCAAGGAAGUGUGGAUCGAGGGCCUGCGCAGUUACCUCCUGGACUGGUGGAACUUUCUGGACAUGGUCAUCCUGUCCCUGUACCUGGCAGCCUUCGCGCUGCGCCUCCUUCUGGCUGGGCUUGCCCACAUGCACUGCCGGGAUGCCCCUGAUGGAGCCACCUGCCACUAUUUCACCACAGCAGAGCGAAGUGAGUGGCACACUGAGGACCCCCAGUUCUUGGCGGAGGUGCUGUUUGCUGUCACCAGCAUGCUCAGCUUCACCCGCCUGGCCUACAUCCUGCCGGCCCACGAGUCACUGGGCACUCUGCAGAUUUCCAUCGGCAAGAUGAUUGACGACAUGAUUCGGUUCAUGUUCAUCCUCAUAAUCAUCUUGACUGCCUUCCUCUGUGGUCUCAACAACAUCUAUGUGCCCUACCAGGAGACGGAGAGGCUGGGCAAUUUCAACGAGACAUUCCAGUUUCUGUUCUGGACUAUGUUUGGCAUGGAGGAGCACAGCGUUGUAGACAUGCCUCAGUUUCUGGUGCCUGAAUUCGUGGGCCGGGUCCUCUAUGGCAUCUUUACCAUUGUCAUGGUCAUUGUGCUGCUCAACAUGCUCAUCGCCAUGAUUACCAACUCCUUCCAGAAAAUUGAGGAUGACGCUGAUGUGGAGUGGAAGUUUGCUCGCUCCAAGCUCUACCUGUCCUACUUCCGGGAGGGCCUGACGCUGCCUGUGCCCUUCAACAUCCUGCCCUCCCCCAAAGCCCUCUUCUACCUCCUCAGGAAAAUUUUCCGCCUCAUCUGCUGUUGCUGCUCCUGCUGCAAAAGCAAGAAGCUGGACUAUCCGCCAAUCCCCACCUUUGCCAAUCCCAGGGCAGGGGCAGGGCCUGGGGAGGGAGAGCACAGAUCCUACCGCCUCCGAGUCAUCAAGGCCCUGGUACAGCGCUACAUAGAGACUGCCCAGCGGGAGUUUGAGGAGACCCAACGGAAAGACCUUGGCAACAGACUCACGGAGCUGACGAAGACAGUGUCUCGCCUGCAAAGUGAUGUGGCUGGUGUGCGGAGGACCCUGGCAGAGGGAGGGACGUCCUGGCCACCUGAAGGUGCCAGCAUCCUCAGUAGCUUCAUCACCCGAGUGCGUAACAGCUUCCAGAACCUGGGCCCUCCCAUCCCCGAAACCCCAGAGCUGACAGUGCCAGGGAUCGUUGAGACUCCAGCUUCUGGAGAGUCUGGCCCUUCCUCCCCAGCUCAUGUGUUAGUGCACAGGGAGCAGGAAUCAGAGGCGGCUGGAGACCUGCCCCAGAAGGAAGAUUUGGGAAUCAAAGAGGGGUCCUGAUGCAGUGGGAGGGUCCCUUCUGUUGCUUGGUAGAGCAGCCUAGGUGGGUGAGGAUAGGUGUCAC